AUGUCCCAAACUGGAAAUUGCGCCGCUUGUAGCCUAGCUAUAACAAGAAAGCAUUACUCAAUCUUAUGGUUUUCCUGCGAUCAAUGGAACCAUAUUAAAUGCGUUGAUUUGUCUGUAGCUCAGCUUAAAAAUUUUGAAAUGGAAUUGAAGAAGUCAUUGAAGAAAUCCCGAGGUGAUCGCUGGAAUUGUCCUUCGUGCCUAAGAGCGGAGGUACAAAAAUCUCAAGCUAAUCGCAAAUCGCUCUCUCCUGUGCCAUCGUCCGUGCAGCCAGAGCGCAACCCAGGCGACCUUACAUUACUGGAUAUUAUGAAUAAGCUCGAUAGGAUGGAACUGGAAAGUAGGGAAUUGGCCAGAAUAUACAAUGAACAGCUUGAAGUAAAUAAUAAACUUCAGAGAGAGAUCGACAAUGUAAAUUCUCGAAUGCUUGCUGUAGAGAAUGAGCUGAAGAAGCGAAAUGGCCUCUCUGGGACCGAUCAAAGUGAAGAGUUUUAUCAGGAGUACUAUGACAGAGAGCAACAUUGCUUGAUGGAGUAUGCCAGCAACUUUAUUAUGUCUUUGGAGAUACUGCCUUGGGGCAAGGUAAGUGCAUGCUGA